AUGGCUUGUAAUUCUUCUGGAUGUGAGUCCGGUUGCUAUGACCGUGAGAAGGAAAAUGGAAGAAAGAUAGAGGAAAGUGCAGUAGCUGAUGGUGUGAAGGAGAGUGUCUGCGUCAAGUGCAAAUGCAACGAGCCUAUGACAUUUGGGGACGGUGGCUCGGACGACGGGAGAUUCUGCGCCGAAUGUUUCAGGAACAAUGUCUUUGGGAAGUUCCGUCUCGCUGUUACUUCACACGCCAUGAUCACUCCUUCGGAUAAUGUCCUUGUUGCUUUCUCUGGCGGAUCAUCUUCCAGGGUUGCUCUUCAGUUCGUGCACGAGUUGCAAAUCAAGGCUUUGAAGAAUUACGAGGCGAGCCGAGAUAGAUCUCUGCCUGUGUUUGGUGUUGGUGUUGCGUUUGUGGAUGAGAGUGCAGCUUACCCUGCUCUUUCCACUGAAAUGGUUGAUGCGGUUUCGUGGAUUCGUUCCACUGUGACGGAUUUGUCUCCACCUGCAAAGGAUCUCCAUGUUGUUCCGAUCGAAAGCGUCUUUGGCUCAGACUCUAUUGAAGCAAGAGAUAGGCUUGUGAAGCUUUUGGAUUCUGUUAGUGAUGAGACUGGAAAAGAAGACCUUGUGCUGCAUCUGAAGAUGUUGUCUUUGCAAAAGGUUGCUUCUGAGAAUGGGUACACCAGAUUAGUGGUGGGAUCGUGCACGUCGAGACUCGCUUCCCAUGUUCUUACCGCCACUGUCAAGGGACGAGGUUAUUCACUAUCAGCAGAUAUUCAGCAUGUUGACGCGAGAUGGAAGGUUCCCAUUGUGCUUCCACUUCGAGAUUGUAUUUGGCAGGAAAUCACUAGACUCUGCCAUUUGGAUGGGUUCGACAGUCUUAAGACUCUGGAGUUGGCUCGUCAUCCUCAAUCCGGGAUCAACGACUUGGUUUCUUCAUUUGUCGCUCUGUUGCAGGAAGAAAAUCCUUCUCGGGAGUGCACGAUUGUACGGACAGCUGCAAAGCUUACUCCAUUUUACUUCAACAAAAUCCCGGAAACAGACGACGCUUGUGUUCCUUUGGCCACUCAGAGGCGUCUAAAGAAAUUCAAUCUCAAAUACGACGGUUCUAUGACUACAGAAGCUUUCUGUGCCAUCUGCAAUGGCCCGAUCAAUGGAUCAGACUCAUCAGAUUUGAAUACAUUUGAAGAACGCGGUGAAUCUGAUGCACUUUAUGCUGCUUGCUGUUCAAGUUGCCGUUUUCAAAUACUUCCACAAGAUCGAUCAUCUCUUGAGCAGUUCGGUUCGUCUCUACCGCAUCACAUGACUUCCCAAGUGAAUCAUCAUCAUAAGGUUAACAGUCAAGCUUAUCUGAGGGAGAAAAUAAAAGACUGUUUGAUCUUGGACACUGAAGAGGCUAUCUAA